CGUUUCCGGAGGACGAUGUCGUUCCUUCGCCGCAGGAAGGCCUCCAGUUCGGCGGCGGCGGCGGCUCGCGCGCCGGGCGAGGACGACGGCGGCGGCGGCGGCGACGGCGAGAAGAAGGAGAGAGAAGCGAAAUCGAGGAGGAAGCAAGGUCAGCAGGGGGGAGGGGGGGAGCGGCCGAGGAGGUGGUCGUGCGUCGACAGCUGCUGCUGGUUCGUGGGGUGCAUAUGCUCCAUUUGGUGGUUCCUGCUGUUCCUGUUCAACGCGAUGCCGGCCUCGUUCCCGCAGUACGUGACGGAGGCGAUCACCGGACCGUUGCCGGACCCGCCAGGGGUCAAGCUGAGGAAGGAGGGCCUGACGGCGAGGCACCCCGUGGUUUUCGUGCCCGGGAUUGUGACGGGCGGGCUCGAGCUGUGGGAAGGCCAUCAGUGCGCCGAGGGGUUGUUCAGGAAGAGGCUCUGGGGCGGCACGUUCGGUGAACUGUACAAGAGGCCUUUAUGCUGGGUUGAGCAUAUGUCGCUAGACAAUGAAACUGGAUUGGAUCCUCCUGGCAUAAGGGUUAGACCUGUAUCUGGACUUGUUGCAGCUGAUUAUUUUGCUCCUGGAUACUUUGUUUGGGCAGUCUUGAUUGCCAAUUUGGCUCGAAUUGGUUAUGAGGAGAAAAACAUGUACAUGGCAGCAUAUGAUUGGAGAUUAUCAUUUCAAAACACUGAGGUCAGAGAUCAAACUUUGAGCCGGAUAAAAAGUAACAUUGAACUCAUGGUGGCUACUAGCGGUGGGAACAAAGUAGUUGUUAUUCCACAUUCUAUGGGUGUCUUGUACUUUCUGCAUUUUAUGAAGUGGGUCGAGGCACCAGCUCCUAUGGGUGGUGGAGGAGGAUCAGAUUGGUGUGCAAAGCAUAUCAAGGCAGUCAUGAAUAUUGGAGGACCAUUUUUAGGCGUUCCAAAAGCAGUUUCAGGACUUUUUUCAGUUGAAGCAAGAGAUAUAGCAGUUGCCAGGGCGUUUGCACCAGGUGUUUUGGACAAAGAUGUAUUUAAAUUUCAAACUCUGCAACAUAUGAUGCGAAUGACUCGUACUUGGGAUUCAACGAUGUCAAUGAUACCGAAAGGCGGGGACACUAUUUGGGGUGGUGUUGAUUGGUCACCUGAAGGAUUCUUUAACUGCAGCACAAAGAGGUCAAAGAACGUUGACAUUACUACUUCAGAACUCAGUGCAGUCAAGGAUCUGGAAAAUAGAGCAGGUGUAAAUUACGGGAGGCUAAUAUCAUUCGGUAAAGAUGUAGCUAAAAUACAUUCUUCCGAGAUUGAGAGAACAGAUUUUAGGGGUGCUGUCAAAGGCAGAAAUCUAUCAAAUACAAGUAACUGUGAUGUGUGGACAGAGUAUCACCACAUGGGAGUUGGAGGUGUGAAGGCUGUUGCAGAUUACAAAGUCUAUACAGCAAGCUCAAUUUUGGAUUUGCUUUAUUUUGUGGCCCCCAAGCUGAUGAAACGUGGUAGUGCUCAUUUUUCAUAUGGAAUUGCUGAUAAUUUAGAUGACCCCAAGUAUCAACAUUACCGAUAUUGGUCGAAUCCCUUGGAAACAAAAUUACCUAAUGCUCCGGACAUGGAGAUAUAUUCCCUGUACGGAGUUGGAAUUCCCACGGAAAGAGCAUAUGUCUACAAGGUGACUCCUACUUCAGAGUGCUACAUUCCUUUUCAGAUAGAUACCUCAGCGGAUGGUGAAAGGGAGGACUCAUGUCUGAAAGAUGGUGUUUUUUCUGCUGAUGGAGAUGAAACGGUUCCUGUCUUGAGUGCUGGUUACAUGUGUGCAAAAGGUUGGCGAGGCAAAACUCGUUUCAAUCCAUCUGGCAUUAACACAUAUGUAAGAGAAUAUGAUCAUGCACCGCCAGCCAAUCUCCUGGAGGGUAGAGGUACCCAAAGUGGAGCUCAUGUUGACAUCAUGGGGAACUUUGCGCUGAUUGAGGAUAUAAUUAGAGUGGCUGCAGGGGCUACUGGAGAGGAUUUGGGUGGAGAUCGAGUUUUCUCAGAUAUCUUCAGAUGGUGUGAGAAGAUCCAGCUGCAGCUCUAGAUUCACACGGUUCUUUGCAACUGUUCCUGCAGACAAACACUUGGGCAUUGCUUCUGCACUUCAGGAGGCACUAGGCAGACGGUUUGCACCGAGAAGUGACCGAGACAUGGUCACGUCACAGCCGGAUCAUCUGCUCGCCUCGGCCUGCUGAACUGAAUUGAGGAAUGUACUGUUGAAGAGCAGAAUGUGGUAUUGAACUGUAAUUCCUUGUCGUUUGGGCUCAUAUUGGCAAUGCCGCAAAUUAUGUGCAAUAACUUCAUGUAGCCAUUCCAGCCCUGCCACUGAAUUGGCCGCUGUUCUGCAAAAUUUUGCAUAUUCAAUUAAUUUAAUUUUUGUUUUUCGACCAA